CACAUAGGGAUAAAUUAACGAUCUACGCGGCCAUAAGUCGAUUUAUCAAAACAAAAAAUACCUCUACGAUAACAGCUACCUGCGGUAGAGGACUCAUUAGCGGGUAGAUAACAACCCCCACCACCCUCGUAUGCACUUUCAAGUUCGUUUCACGUCAGUCGGAAUUUGAACGUGUCACUACGUGUACGUAACUUGUUCUCGGCGCUCUUAGAAAGGCAAAACUUUAAAGUUGUGUUUUAUUGUGUUUAAGUGAUCCAGAGUGAAAAAAAAAUAUGGAUUCUGAAACAACAGAUCUACCGAAUACAUCAGGAAUGAAGAUCAUGACUAGAAAACACGUAUUUGAUCUCUUCAAAAGUGAAAAAUUACCUACAUUGGAAGAAAAACUGUGUUCCCUAAGAGAUCAACUUUUUUCUAGUGACGGCUGCACUAAUGAUCAAAUAGAAUUAUUUAAAAGCAAUUUUGCAUAUUUCAAGUCAGAAUUUAAAACUAGAUGGAUUAAAGCUCAGUAUAAAGAAGACAGAUUCAUAAAAAACAAUCAUUCUUGGCUAGAAGGCACCUUCGCGAUUCCCAUUGCUGAAAGACCAGCAAACCGAGCAGGCCGGCCGUGCAAACAUUUUGAAGAGUUAAGCGAAAGAAGUAAAAGAAGAAAAACGGAGGUUAUUCGGUCUAACUUUGACAAGGAGGUUAUAGUACAUGCUACGCAAGUCGAAUUAAGAAAAUCUGGAAAUCGUGACGCUUCUAAUGUACUUAAAGAAAUAACUAAUUCGCCAACUCGCGCAACUAAAUAUAAAAAAGCAUACUAUCGGACCAAGUCUUCGAAUGAUAAUAUAAGACCUUUGACUACCCAGGAAGCAAUGCAAAUGUUCAUUGAUGCAGAGUUAUCGCGAGCACAAUAUGAUAUUAUACGAAGCACGAAUAAGAAGUUUUUUCCUAGUUACAAUCAACUGCAGAAAGAAAAGAAAAAGUGUUACCCGCCAUCGGAAGUAUGCAAUGUAACAAGCACUAGUGCAGAGGUUGAAUUGCAGCCUUUGAUGGACCUCACGGUUAAGCGACUAUCAGAGCACCUAGAAGAGGUACUGUUAACUUUAAAAGAACAAGAACGCCAAUCUCUGAAGCUUAUCUGCAAAUGAGGCUCUGACGGGUCCCAGCAAACCCAGUACAAACAAAAGUUUGAGAAUGAUGUGGAAAGUGACAAGAGUUUGUUUCAGAGCUGCUUUGUGCCUUUAAAAUUAGUAUGUGGCCAAAACAAUGAAAAAACUGUAUGGGAAAACCCUACUCCCUCCUCUCCCAGGUUUUGUCGACCUAUACGGUUUCGAUUUAUAAAAGAAACCACAGAUGUUACGCAAGAAGAAAUUAAUCAUGUGAACACUUGUAUAAGCAAACUAAUUCCGACUGAUUUUAAUUUGUGUGGUAAAACAUUAAGAGUAACACAUGAAUUUAUAAUGGCUAUGGUUGACGGAAAAGUGUGCAAUGCCGUAACGGGAACAAGAUGUACAACUCAAUGUUAUAUUUGCGGUGCACGUUCUGCUGAUUUCAACAAGUUGGACAAAACAAAAGAUGUCAAUGUCCAGACUCUUCAAUUUGGCCUCUCUAUACUACAUGCCCGCAUAAGAUUAUUUGAGAGUAUUCUGCAUUUGGCGUACAAACUGCCAGUAAAAAAAUAUAGGCAAAAAAAAACCGAAGCUGAGAAAAAACUCGAGGAGGAAAAAAACGAGAAAUUCAGAAAAGAUUUCGUAACGAAACUGGCUUGUUGGUAGAUAUGCCAAAAGCAAAUUUUGGCAACACAAAUGAUGGAAACACCAGCAGAAGGUUCUUUGACAAUCCAACAGUAGCAUCAGACAUAACUGGAAUUAGUUACGAGCUGAUUUAUAGAUUAAAAGUAAUUUUAGAGACAAUAUCAAGUGGCCACAAAAUUGACUCUGAAAAAUACGACAGAUACGCAAAGGAAACAGCAGAACUAUAUGUCAAAUUAUACGGAUGGCAUCCCAUGACGCCCACGAUGCAUAAGGUACUAGUUCAUGGUGCAGUUAUUAUAAAAAAUGCGUUACUACCCAUUGGACAGCUGACUGAAGAAGCUGCAGAAGCGCGUAACAAGCAUUUUCGAUCUUAUCGACUUGAUUUCGCAAGGAAGUUUACGAGAGAAAGUUGCAACACGGAUAUUUUGAAUCGUUUACUUCUGAGUUCCGAUCCGUUACUGAGCUGCAGGAGAAACGUAAAAAAAAGAAAACACAGUACUUUCCUACCAGAGACGAUAGAAUUGCUAUUGCCUGCCGAUCCGAACCCAGAGUACUCUUCUGGAAACGAAGAAGAAAACAUCAUCUUAGCAGAAACUGUAGCGUAAUAUGGCAACUUAUUGUAUUUCAGUACCUAAUAAAUGAUUAUACACAUUUUACUAUAUAUUUUAAUUUUUUUCCUCCUUCGUGCAGAUGUCGAAAUUCUCCAUACUUAUUAAAAAAAACAUAAAUACAAAUAAAGUUUACAAUACAGUUGUUUUAACUUCGUAAAAGCUCAAACAAUACAAAAAACCGCAAAAAUAAUUUUGGCCCCUUAGAUCGUGAAUUUACCCCUAUGUGCGUCGUUUAGGAAAAAAACCCAAGUAAACGCAUUUAUACCUACCAAUUUCGAUAAUUAGCACUCAGUACUAUUCGUGCCUAUUUGCCCGUUCCUCCCGCCUUUUAUUUUUUUUUAUCAUUCGAAUGCCGUACGCCCAGCCGCAUACAGCCAAGGAGUUUAUGGUUCGCUCUCAGUUUAAUUACA